AUGGUUAACGGUAAAAAGAAAAAACAAUGGGUGGAUAACGAUUUCAUUUUAUGUAAGAUUGGUAUGACUAGAAGAAAAACAGUGGACUCGAGGCUUUUAGAAUGGCAAAAUACGUGCAAGCAUUCAAUUAUAAAUCUGACGCCAGAAAAGGUUGAUAAAUUAUAUCAACUGAAACUGCAAAGUAAGUCCAAGAAUGAAAGACCAAAAAAGGGAUUACACAUUUCGUUAUCAAACUUACAAAAAAAAAUGGAAAAACUUUUCAUUGAUGAUAAGCGUGAUUCACCCAAACCUCGCUAUUCAAAACUCCAGCCAUCAAGCUUCCGUUCUUACAAAGACGGUGGCUACUUUAUUGACGGAAAAGGUUCAAUGAAGUUAUCAGAUAUCGAAAAUGCUAUUCACAGAUUUUUAUGGAAGAAAUACGGGAAAGGGUUAGUUUAUUGCUAUGGAUGUGAUCCAACCGGUAAGAAAAGGCAUACUGAAUGGUUCAAUGUACCGGUAUUAGAACUACCAUCUGUGUUAACGACCAUUGAUUCUUUUUGCCGUAGAGGAGAAUGCCCAUUACGAUGA